AGCGGACCUGCGUCCAUGACGGCCGGAAGUGGAGCUGCUCUGGCGGGUCCUGCGGGGCCCUGGCGAUCUACUGAGAUGGCGAGCCCAGCUGCCCCUGCAGCCGCAGUCCCCACCUCGGCUCCGCCUUUGGAGCAGCUCCGGCACCUAGCGGUGGAGCUGCGGUUGCUCAUUCCGGGAGUGCGGGUCGGCGAAGCCCGAGAAACCACCAAGGAGUUUAAUCUGGAGACCUUUUGGAGAAGACUCAAUAAGGCAGCUGUAACGGUGUCAAGGGAAGCCACGACUCUGACCGUCGUCUUCUCUCGACUUCCACUGCCGUCUCCACAGGAAACCCAGAGGUUCUGUGAACAAGUCCAUGAUUCCAUCAAGGCAAUGAUUGCUGUGUACUAUUCACUUCCCAAGGAUCAGGGAACCACCCUGAGAAAGCUGGUACGGGGUGCCACUCUGGACAUCGUGGAUGGCAUGGCUCAGCUUGUGGAAGUGCUUUACGUCACUCCAGCUCAGAGCUCCGAGAACCUUAUUUCCUACAACAGUGUCUGGGACUCAUGCCAGCAGGUGCCUCGGAUCCCAAGAGAUAACAAAGCUGCAGCCCUUUCAGUGCUGACGAGGAGUGUGAAUUUUGUAAAGGAUGCACAUGAGGAAAUGGAGCAGGCUGUGGAAGAAUGUGACCCUUACUGUGGCCUCUUGAAUGACAUUGAGGAGGACAACUCUGACCACCAUGAUGGUGUGGAGGAUAUAUUGGGAUGUCCAAACAAUCGGGAUUUAUAUUGGUCAGAGGAGGAUCAAGAGCUCAUAAUCCCAUGCCUUGCACUGGUGAGAGCAUCCAAAGCCUGCCUGAAGAGAAUCCGGGUCUCAGUGGCAGAGAAUGGGAAGAAGGAUCAGGUGGCCCAGCUGGAUGACAUUGUGGACAUCUCUGAUGAGAUCAGCCCUAGUGUGGAUGAUUUGGCUCUGAGCAUAUACCCACCAGUGUGCCACCUGACUGUGCGAAUCAAUUCUACAAAACUUGUAUCCGUUUUAAAGAAAGCACUUGAAAUUACAAGAGCAAGUCAUGUGACCCCACAGCCAGAAGAUAGUUGGAUCCCUUUACUUAUUAAUGCUGUUGAUCAUUGCAUGAACAGAAUCAAAGAGCUCACUCAGAAUGAAGUUGAAUCAUGAGUUUUCAGGCUCAUUUGUACUCUCCUCUCUCCCUUUCCUACUAUCGCAGCCAAGCUCUGGUGUCUGCUUAUAAAAUGAAGCUAGGAUGUUUUCUGGAUUGAAAGGGAAUUCUUGUCAAUACCUAUCAAAAUUCACUAUUACGGAAGAUUGUUGAGUAGACAAACUGGCAGUUAUUUAUAAACCAUAUGAGUAUGAUACAUUUUUCUGUGCUAGAUACAAAAGAUAACUGCAUGAGUUUUUGCUCUUGAGUUGCCUCUCAGAAAUUCCUGAGGAAGCUGCCAUUUUCCCUAUUUGCAAUUGUGUGUUGUUUCAUUGUUAAAGAUGUUAAUAGUCUCAAUAAAAUGCUAACCUGCCAGUAGUUAACAUGA